UCAGGCAUCAUUAGGCUCCUGAAUACAAGCCAGCCGGUAAAAUAUGGGAUCUACUCUGAAAGGCACAACUGUCAAGACAAAUAAACCUGGGGCCAAGGUAUCGGUUUCAGCACAGAGAGGGUCUGAGGUUACUACUAACACAUUCCCUCAGCGGGGACAUGGGUACAUUCUUACCUCAAGCCAUCGAAGUGCUGCAGUCUCCCUGAACCCUUCCCACCGAAGAUCAGAAGCUGCACAUCCCUCCACUCUCCAUUCGGCAUCAGACUAUCCUCGAUCUGUCUCCCCGGAGUUAGGGCCUGGAUGCUAUGCGGUACCCACCCCUCAGGGAACCGAGACUGGACCAAGAACAGAAUCAUCCCACCAUUCCUCUCCUCAUCCAAAGAGCCAGCGAACUCAGACACUGGCUUCCCAUGCUUCAAGCAGACAACGGAAUGUUAGUCCACCCAGAGAGGAAGCAACACAAAGAGGUGGUGAGAGCAAGUCAGGGCACAAGGUCGGCCAUCAUGCCUCAUCCAUCCCAGAUGUCAAAUCUUCUCGUCGAUUGAGUUUUCAAGACCAGAAGGAUAACUUGCAAUCACAAAUCUUACAAGAUGACCCACCAUCCAAGGUCCAGAACCCCCAAGGAGUCAGAGUUCCCCGCAGGAUUUUGUCUUACCCAAAGGAUGAAGCUGUACAAACUGAACCCAUCCAAAGGAUUAUGACUACUACUAAGAUCAGAUCUCCAAAGAGUCGCUCUCUCCCAGAGCACGGAAGCAGCAGUGUCUCUGCAGACUAUCAGACAGCCAGGAGAAGGGUCCCUGUAGAAGAAUCAGAAACAGAUCCUUAUGGGUCAAUUCCUUUGGAACCCAAGGCCUCGUAUAGAAAUAUGAACUUGGACUCAUCAUGCAAACUCUCUGUCCUUCGAGAUUCUGAUGGGGUACACCAAGUUUCUGCAUGGGUAGACCCUGAGUCUCUUCACAACUAUUCUGUCUACCCCGAAAGCAAGCCCUCCACAAAGGUCUUAGUAUCAUCACAGGUGGAAUCCAACGUGAGGGCCCCAAUUCGAGGAAACAGCCAGGUUGGCCGCAGGGUCACCCUCUCCCCAGAGGUAGAGUCAGUAGAGCCAACUCACCAUGUGACAGCUCUAUCAGUGUCUGAGGACUCCAACAAAUCAUCCAUGUUUGUCACUCCAGAGCCCACCUAUAAACAGCAAACCCAAAAACCCCUGGAAACUACCUACAUGUCCAAAGGACCCACACCCAGGUAUCCAGAACUCUCGCAAAAGUCCUCCAUCCAUGCAGAAUUGGAACUGACCCUUCAGCCCUUGCCUCCUCGGUCCUUACCUAGGUAUGGGCCUGGCUCCUCAUGGUGGGCCUUGCUGAAUCCUGAAGUUGGAAUACCCGAAAGCCAGCCAACAACACCUGAUUUUGAGCCUAAGUGUUCUUCCCUAGAUCUUUCAUUGUCCUGUUCAAAAAUAGACUCUAGCCCUUUAUGUAAGGAUGUGAAGUUCCAGAGAGAGAAGGCAAGCCCAUCACCACCACCAUCACCAAAGGAGUCUCCAAGUUGGGCACCAGUGAGUGAAGUGCCACAGACCCCCAAGCGUGGCUGCAAAAAACUUCAACGGUUUGGUGCUUUCUUCCUGGAUGUCUCUGAGGAAAUGGAGAAUCGUGUCUUCUGGUUCCUAAAAGGUCUGUACUUUUCCCUCCUGUGGGCCUGUUGUGGGAGCUUGGGAGAUGGGAGGACAGGUGAGGAGUGGCAUCUGUGUAUCAACAGAGCUGGGUCAUUUAGGAGAUAAAUGCUGGGAUUUUGACUUGAAGGAGCAGAGGAACUUCUCAUCUUACUGAAAUUCCACCAUUAGAGUAAUUUCUUUGGUGCUUGGAACCUUUUCCAUUUCCUUUUCUUUUUCUUUUUUGAGAUGGAGUUUUGCUCUUGUUGCCCAUGCUGGAAUGCAAUGGUGUGAUCGCAGCUCACAGCAACAUCCACCUUCUAGGUUCAAGCAAUUCUCCUGCCUCAGCCUCCCAAGUAGGUGGAAUUACAGGCAUGUACCACCAUGCCUGCCUAAUUAUGUAUUUUUAGUAGAGACAGGGUUUCUCCAUGUUGGUCAGGCUAGUCUCAAACUCCUGACCUCAGGUGAUCUGUCCGCCUCAGCCUCCCAUAGUGCUGGGAUUACAGGCGUGAGCCACCGUGCCUGGCCACCGUUUUCCAUUUUCAAGAGUCUCCUUUUAAUAGGAAGUCACUUCAGGAACGGAGAAUAUUUAAGCCUCGUGGCCUUUCAGCUUAGUUGGCCACCUAUCAUGUAAUUAAAAAAAAUACACCAAAGCAUACUGCCUGCUUCACAGUUUGCUCAGGGUUGACUUCAUAUUUAUCCAGGCUGGGGACUCUUCUCAAGUGUUUCUCUGGUUCCUUAGAACCCUCCUCAUGACCCCACUCUACCACCUAGGGUACUUACUUGAUGCUGCCCAGGCAGGAUCUUCAGAGAUGUCUGGGCCUUCUCCUUGAGGCCAUAAGUGUAUCUUGCAGCUCUAGAAUGCUUGAGAGAAGUGUCCCCCAGCCUUGUCACCCUCUGCUCCCUUUAUACUCUUGGCCUCUCUGGGGGCAGGGGAGGGUGGGGACCACCCUCAUGGAGUAAAUCUUGGCAGCAGGGGCUUCUUGUUGCGAACAUCACGGCCCAAAAUACACUCCAGCCCUUGAGCAUGACAGAGGCCAGGGCUCUGGAUAAAGCAGUUCCUGGGGGCAGAGAGCCCUGGGAAUGCCAUCCAAGC